CCCCAGCGCCCGGGCCAUGGCGGCGGCGGCGGGAGCUGCUGUCUGAGAGCUGCUGCGGACCGAGCGCACUCGGCCCGGAGUCGGGACCCGGGCGGGCGCGGCGGCGGCGGCGGCGCGGACGGCGGGAGCCGGCCCACCUCUCCUCCUCCUCCGCGGAGCCCCGGCAGGGGUCUGUGCUCGGUCACCAUGACGACGCCGGCGAAUGCCCAGAAUGCCAGCAAAACGUGGGAACUGAGCCUGUAUGAGCUCCACCGGACCCCGCAGGAAGCUAUCAUGGAUGGCACAGAGAUUGCAGUUUCCCCUCGGUCGCUGCAUUCAGAACUCAUGUGCCCCAUCUGCCUGGACAUGCUGAAGAAUACAAUGACCACCAAGGAGUGCCUCCACCGGUUCUGCUCUGACUGCAUUGUCACAGCCCUGCGGAGCGGGAACAAGGAGUGCCCUACCUGCCGCAAGAAGCUGGUAUCUAAGCGGUCUUUGCGACCAGACCCUAAUUUUGAUGCCCUGAUCUCGAAGAUCUAUCCAAGCCGGGAGGAAUAUGAGGCCCACCAAGACCGGGUGCUCAUCCGACUCAGCCGCCUGCACAACCAGCAGGCACUGAGCUCCAGCAUCGAGGAAGGGCUGCGCAUGCAGGCCAUGCACAGGGCCCAGCGUGUGAGGCGGCCGAUGCCUGGGUCAGAUCAGACCACCACGAUGAGUGGAGGGGAAGGAGAACCCGGGGAGGGAGAGGGGGAUGGGGAGGAUGUGAGCUCAGACUCUGCACCUGACUCUGCCCCGGGCCCUGCUCCCAAGCGACGCCGUGUAGGGGGUGCAGGGGGGAGCAGUGUAGGGACAGGGGGAGGAGGCACUGGUGGGGUGGGUGGUGGCGCUGGUUCUGAAGACUCUGGUGACCGGGUAGGGACCCUGGGAGGGGGUACCCUGGGUCCCCCAAGCCCUCCUGGGGCCCCCAGUCCCCCGGAGCCAGGUGGAGAAAUUGAGCUCGUGUUCCGGCCCCACCCACUGCUCGUGGAGAAAGGAGAAUACUGCCAGACUAGGUAUGUGAAGACAACUGGGAAUGCCACCGUGGACCAUCUCUCCAAGUACUUGGCCCUGCGCAUAGCCCUGGAGCGGAGGCAGCAGCAAGAGGCCGGGGAGCCAGGAGGACCUGGAGGGGGCGCCUCUGAUGCUGGGGGACCUGAUGGGGGUUGUGGGGAAGGUGGGGGUGCCGGAGGAGGUGACAGCCCUGAAGAGCCUGCCUUGCCCAGUCUGGAGGGUGUCAGUGAAAAGCAGUACACCAUCUAUAUCGCCCCCGGGGGUGGAGCUUUCACGACACUAAAUGGCUCUCUGACGCUGGAGCUGGUGAAUGAGAAAUUCUGGAAAGUGUCCCGGCCACUGGAGCUCUGCUAUGCCCCCACCAAGGAUCCAAAGUGACCCCACAAGGGGACAGCCAGAGGAUGGGGACCCUGGGGUAUCCCUGUGUCCUGGCCCACCACCCCAGCUUUUGUCCCCCAGUGACCCUCCCCAGCCUGGCCAGCCAGCAAGAGGACACAAAUGAGGACAUGUGGCUUUUAUACAAAGUAUAUCAGAUUCUUCUAUAUUGUACAGAGUGGGGCACGCACCCACAUCGACUGCCUUUUCUAUUGCCUCAAACCGCCCAUCUACAAGACAGCUGGGUAAGGUGAAGAGCCCUCCUUCCAUGCCCUCCUACCAACAACAACAAUUUUGCUUUUUUUCCUCUUUGAAA